UUUAUGGUAAAUCCGUGUCCACUCCUACCUUACCGAAGGCGUCUGUCUAACGGCUUUAAAAUCCGCCGUGUAAACCGUGAUGCUUGAGGAUCCAUGCAGCCGUGGGCUCUUGGGCAUGGUUCUGUUACCACCAGGAAUUUAAUGUUGUUUAUAUCUCGUCUCUAUCUUUCAUUAGCAGUAGACACACAGCAGCACUGUCCGCAUGAGAUAGAUUCCUCUGUUCAAUUUUAGCCGUUGUUUAUUAUUAUUUUUUUUUAAAUUCUUCUUCUUUGACGGUUGAGGAGAAGCAGCAGCAGUAGCCACAGGGAGCAGAACUAACAAGCCACGGCCGCUUGACAGGUGCCGUCUCCCGGCUCUGCGUGGAGAGAUGCCGCCCGUCCAGAGAACGAUGUCUGAUCUUCGUACCCGGGCGGAGGGAUAUGAAAAGACAGAGGACACGACAGAAAAGACGUCCUUAGCUGACCAAGAAGAUGCCCGACUGAUAUACCUCAACCAGCCGCAGUUCACCAAGUUUUGCAACAAUCGAGUCAGCACAGCCAAAUAUAAUGUCCUCACCUUUCUUCCUCGGUUCCUCUACUCACAGUUCAGGAGGGCAGCCAAUGCCUUCUUUCUCUUCAUUGCACUGUUGCAGCAAAUCCCAGAUGUGUCUCCCACUGGUCGCUGGACCACACUGGUGCCGCUGCUCUUCAUCCUGAUGGUGGCUGCUGUCAAGGAGUUCAUUGAGGAUCUGAAACGUCACAACGCGGACAGUGUUGUCAACAAAAAGGAAUGUCAAGUACUGAGGAAUGGUGCCUGGGAGAUUGUGCACUGGGAAAAGGUGUCUGUUGGGGAAGUAGUCAGAGCUGCAAAUGGGGAUCACCUCCCGGCUGACCUCGUCAUACUGUCGUCCAGUGAACCACAGGGUAUGUGCUACAUUGAAACAUCUAACUUGGAUGGAGAAACAAACCUUAAAAUCAGACAGGGUCUCCAAAUGACUGCAGAAAUAAAGGACAUCGACAGCCUGAUGCGUCUCUCUGGGCGGAUGGAGUGUGAGAGCCCAAACCGCCACCUGUAUGAGUUUGUUGGGAACAUCCGCCUUGAUGGACACAGUACAAUGCCACUGGGUCCAGACCAGAUCUUACUGAGAGGAGCCCAGCUGAGGAACACUCAGUGGGUGCAUGGGGUGGUGGUCUACACUGGACAUGACACAAAGCUCAUGCAGAAUUCCACUCGGCCUCCUCUGAAGCUGUCCAACGUUGAGCGUAUCACCAACUUUCAGAUCCUUGUGCUGUUUGGUUGCCUGCUGGCCAUCUCUCUGGUCUGCUCCAUUGGCCAAACCAUCUGGAAGUACCAGUACGGCAAUGAUGCCUGGUACAUGGAUCUCAACUCUCCAGAUGGUGGGGCAGCUAACUUUGGCCUCAACUUCCUCACCUUCAUCAUCCUGUUCAACAAUCUGAUCCCCAUCAGUCUCCUGGUCACACUGGAGGUUAUCAAGUUCAUCCAAGCCUUUUUCAUCAACUGGGACACCGAUAUGCUCUAUGAGCCCACGAACACACCUGCCAUGGCUCGCACCUCCAAUCUGAAUGAAGAACUAGGCCAGGUAAAAUACAUUUUCUCUGACAAGACGGGGACCCUGACCUGCAACGUGAUGCAGUUUAAGAAGUGCACCAUCGCUGGUGUGGCCUAUGGCCACGUCCCUGAGGCUGAGGAGGGUAGUUUUGCAGAGGACGACUGCCACAGCACACACUCAUCGGAGGAGGAGGGAUUUAAUGACCUGAGCUUACUGGAAAACCUCCAAAGUAAUCACCCUACAGCUGCUGUCAUCCUGGACUUUAUGACCAUGAUGGCCAUCUGUCACACUGCAGUCCCUGAGCGCACGGAUGGAAAAAUCACCUACCAGGCUGCAUCUCCAGAUGAAGGCGCUCUGGUGAGAGCAGCACAGAACCUUGGCUUUGUGUUUUCUGGUAGAACCCCGGACAGCGUCAUAGUGGAAAUGCCUGGAACGGAGGAGAGAUACGAACUACUUCAUGUGCUGGAGUUUACAAGCACGAGGAAGAGGAUGUCAGUCAUCAUGCGCACCCCAUCUGGGAAGAUCCGCCUCUACUGCAAAGGAGCUGACACAGUGAUCUAUGACCGCCUGGCAGACAGCUCUAGGUACAAAGAGAUCACAUUGAAGCACUUGGAACAGUUUGCCACUGAGGGCCUGCGCACUCUGUGCUUUGCAGCGACAGACGUCAGUGAGUCGUCCUAUCAGCAGUGGCUGGAGAUCUACCGCAGAGCCUGCACCUCCCUGCAGAACAGAUCCCUGAAACUGGAGGAGAGCUACGAACUGAUAGAAAAGAACCUCCAGCUCCUGGGGGCCACAGCGAUAGAGGACAAGCUCCAGGAUAAGGUGCCCGAGACCAUUGAGACUCUAAUGAAGGCGGACAUCAAGAUCUGGAUCCUGACAGGGGACAAACAGGAAACGGCCAUUAACAUUGGACAUUCCUGCAAACUACUGACCAAGAACAUGGGCAUGCUUGUGAUCAAUGAAGACACUCUUGAUAGAACAAGGGAAGCGCUCAGCCACCACUGUGGAAUGCUGGGAGAUGCCCUCUACAAGGAGAACGACUUUGCUCUCAUUAUUGACGGGAAGACUCUCAAAUACGCCCUCGCAUUCGGAGUGCGACAGUACUUCCUCGACCUCGCCCUGUCCUGUAAAGCUGUCAUAUGCUGCAGAGUAUCUCCUCUUCAGAAGUCAGAGGUGGUGGAGAUGGUAAAGAAACAGGUGAAGGUGAUCACGCUGGCCAUUGGUGAUGGUGCUAACGACGUGGGAAUGAUCCAGACAGCUCACGUCGGUGUGGGAAUCUCCGGCAACGAGGGUCUGCAAGCUGCAAACUCCUCUGACUACUCUAUUGCCCAGUUCAAAUACUUGAAGAAUCUGCUGCUCGUCCACGGAGCCUGGAAUUACAACCGUGUAGCCAAGUGUAUCCUGUACUGCUUCUACAAGAACAUUGUCCUCUACAUCAUUGAGAUCUGGUUUGCGUUCGUCAAUGGCUUCUCAGGCCAGAUCCUGUUUGAACGCUGGUGCAUUGGUUUAUACAACGUGAUCUUUACUGCUCUGCCGCCUCUCACUUUGGGAAUAUUUGAGCGCUCCUGCAGAAAAGAGAACAUGCUGAAAUACCCAGAACUCUACAAAACCUCCCAGAAUGCAAUGGGCUUUAAUACCAAGGUCUUCUGGGCCCAUUGUCUGAACGGCCUCUUCCACUCCGUCAUCCUCUUCUGGUUCCCCCUUAAAGCCUUCCAGCAUGAUACAGUUUUUGGCAACGGAAGAACUCCAGACUAUCUCCUCUUAGGCAACAUGGUUUACACAUUUGUGGUCAUCACAGUUUGUCUUAAAGCCGGCCUUGAGACCUCAUCCUGGACCAUGUUUAGUCACAUCGCCAUCUGGGGAAGCAUCGGCCUGUGGGUGGUGUUUUUCAUUAUCUACUCCUCACUGUGGCCCCUCAUUCCUCUGGCUCCCGACAUGUCAGGAGAGGCGACGAUGAUGUUCUGUUCGGGGGUCUUCUGGACAGGCCUGGUUUUCAUCCCAGUCACCUCGCUGGUCUUUGACGUUGCCUACAAAGUGGUGAAGAAGGUGUGUUUCAAGACCCUGGUGGAUGAAGUGCAGGAGCUCGAGGCUUUAUCCAAAGACCCUGGAGCAGUGGUGCAUGGAAAGAGUUUGACGGAGAGGGCCCAGCUCCUAAAGAACGUCUUCAAGAAGAGCACAGUCAGUUUGUACCGGUCUGACUCCAUGCAGCAGAACCUGCUCCAUGGCUACGCCUUCUCUCAAGACGAGAACGGAGUGGUGUCUCAGUCGGAUGUCAUCAGAGCAUACGACACCACCAAACAGAGGACCAACGAGUGGUGAGCCGCCGGCCCUCUGGUCGGCCAAUCGGGUGCCACAACAGCCGUUUCUAAUGGCGAUAUUUGAAGCUUAGCGGGGAAAAGACGAGGCGCGAGUGUGUGCCUCCAGCACUUAGGGGGAUUUUUGGAGGUGGACAGAGUGUCUUUGAAAAAGGGGGGAAAAAAACAAAAACAAGGAACAAAACUAAUUGUGUUCACUAUCAGCUGUAGUUUUGUGUCCAGCAGACAUGAUGAGCACUGUGCUUUCUUAGCAGUCUGUGGUCUGAAGUCCUUCACUGUUCUCGCUCAGUUUGUUGAUGUGAACGUCUCCUCUAUUGAAAAUCAUCUAAAUCAUUAAAUUAAAUUUAAAAUCAAACUCCUAAACACUAUUAUUAAAUAAGUUGAAACACUGGACUAUAAUUAGUUUUAGAGGCUUUGAACUUGUAAAAGAUUGCCAAAGAGCAGUCGUAUGUACAAGUGAAUUCGGAAAACUAUGAACCAAAUGUAAUCACACUCCUGAGUGUAUUCCAGCACUAAACGGACCACUUCAGAGCAGACAUUUGUAAAAUUUUCUUUUUGCACUUAAGGAAGCAUCUAUUGUGUAAAGCCUUACAUUUGCUCAUGCCUUCAUCCUUGUUUCUUUCAAAACUUUCUUUUUAGUUUCAUUUUUGUAAGUAUGUAGAGAUCGUCCCUGGUUUUAUUUAUUUUGUCCCUUUUUUUUUAUUUCUUUGUUUAUAAGUCACCUAUUGCAACUCACUGUGGUCCUGUUUCCACCGUUUUUACAGCAGAAGCAUUGCUCUCGACAAAUAAUUGCAUUCCACACAUCACUCCUGUCUCAACAAUCACAACGGUGCCUAUGUAGAACUUUUCCCUCAUAGAAGACAAAGAUAGCCAAGAAUAGUUUAGCCCGCUAGCUUAGACCAGUGCUCCACACACACCUACUGAAGACAAAAUCAGUCUCCCCACCACAGUAUUGCACUUUUACAAUGUGAAAACUACAGAGUGCAUGUGGCACAUGUAUAAACUAAGAUUUGUUCCUGCAGAAGUGAACGGGAGGCUCUCCGAUGGUCUUGUUGGAGCUUACAGUGGUGAUAGUGUUUCCCUUAAAAUUUAGCUUUUAUCCUUCUAACAUAAGUGCCAUUAGCUUAAGGGAGAGAGAAAUAUUAGCCAGGAAAACUCCACGACAAUAUCGAAACUACUUUGUCUCUAUAGUUAUUUUGUGGAUUUGUAUUUUUAUAUUGGAAAUGUAUGAAUUUUGCAUUGACUGGCUUUGUAAUGAACUGUCUGUAACUUUUAGUUUUAUUUUCUUCCUCUGAUAAACGGGCAGGAUAGAAUAGAUCGAAUGAGGAAACUGAGCUUUCUUAAAUGUCUUGUCAUUAUUAAUAUUAAUAUUGUUGCUUGUUUUAUUUAUAAUUGACUACUUAAUGUCUGUGUGAUUGCUUUCUUCUCCCUGUGGGAGAUCAAAUCUCUGACGGUGUGUGCGAGCGUGUGUGUUAGUUGCAUGUGCAUGUGCUGUAUGUGUGUGUUUGUGCGUGCGUGUGUGUGUGUGUGUGUGUGUGUUUGUUUGUUUGUGUGUCACCUCUACUGUGGUUAAUGUCUAUAUAUAUGCAUUGCAUGUCUGUGUCCUCAUGUGAGACUAGGAGUUUCUGGUGUCUCCUGGUGUGUUUCUUUUGUUUGUUUUUGUGUGUGUGUGUGUGUGUGUGUGUGUGCGUGCGUGCACAGCUUGCUCCAGUUGUCCGUCUGCACGACUCCAGAUAUAGCUAUGGUGUACUACUGUGUGCUGAUGCAUGGCCCGUAUGGGAAAGUGUGAGCAUUAGUGUGCAGUAUGACUGUGUGUGUGUGUGUGUGUGUGUGUGUAUAUGUGUGUGUGUGUGUGUGUGUGUGUAUGUGUGUGUGUGUGUGUGUGUGUGUGUGUGUGUGUGUGUGUGUGUGUGUGUGUGUGUGUGUGUGUGUGUGUGGUCAAACUCUCGACCUGACUGUGGGAGUUUCUGAUGCUCAGCUCGCUUCGACAGGAGAUGUUGCACAAUGCACUCGAUGUACCUUUCUAGUAUUGGACAUCUGGUAUUAUCUGAUUUCAGUAUUUGAUUUCUCUUGAGUGUACAUGUUUGUAACUUGUUUUCUUUAUGUCGUGUACUUCUGCUUUACAGGAAAGCUCUUUAGUGAGGGUUAAGUGAUUAUUUUUCUCUGCUGGUCUUUAGUGUUAAAACUUAAUUGGUCGUCAUCUUGUCAAAAAUUUCCAAACCGCUGAAUGUGGAUGUCGUCGUCGUGGAAGGCUUGGACUGUUGCUUUCUUUUUUCAGAAAACAUCAAACACACGUUGUUGUCUGUGAAAGUCGUUGGGCUGCAUGAAUGGAUAACACAAACUGUUCUCUGAAAUAUUUAACUGUACUACUUUGAUUCUCCCUCAAGUGUUGAUCACUUUACAAAAGAGAAAAAAAACGCACCUUUAACUUUACUUUUCAAUAUUUGUUUCUUUUCCGUCAUUUUGUUCGAUGAUUGUUCUGCAUGUUGGGACUGCAAACUUAUAAGUGUUGUCUUUUACUGCCAUGAAGGACUACUGAAAUAAACUUUACAAUCAUGGAGGAACAAUGUGAA